UUCUAUUGGUCCAUGGCAAUAACUACAAUACCUUUGGACCAGAUGACCCGAAUGACAACACUGACAACAAUUCCUAAAGACCUCCCUUUUUCCCUUUAUAGUUCCCUAUUUUUGGACCAGAGCCCUAUGAGUUCUGUUCUAAUGUUGUGCAUCAAGUAGUGAUAAAGUAGGCUGUCUUUUGGGACGGCGACCCGACACUGGUUGUAAAGUGGGAGGGACUCCAGGGACCCGUUACUUCACGCGUUUUAAUUGAUCGGUGAGAAGUGAGAACAUCUGUACCUGCGAGCCGAGUGUCUCCACAGCCGAGCCAUGUCGAAGACCGCUGACCACCGAACACACCUCGUUCUUGAGAACUACAUCGGAGGAAAGUUCGUCCCGUGCUCCCGACACAUCGACUCCUACGACCCUUCCACCGGGGAGGUCUACUGCAAAGUGCCCGACAGCGGAACGGAUGAGGUGGAGGCUGCGGUGCAGGCCGCUAGAGAGGCAUUCCCUGAUUGGUCAGCCCGUAGCCCAGCUGAGAGAGGUCAAGCGAUGAAAAAACUGGCUGACCUGAUGGAAGCUCAGCUGGAAGAGUUGGCCCAGGCAGAGUCACGAGACCAAGGUAAAACCGUAAUGUUCGCCCGUACGGUGGAUGUCCCGCGGGCGGUCAAUAACUUCAGGUUCUUUGCCUCUUCUGUUCUCCACCACACCACCGACUGUACUACCAUGGACCAUCUGGGCUGUGUCAACUACACUGUCCGUAGUCCUGUGGGAGUGGCUGGUCUGAUCAGUCCCUGGAACCUGCCUCUAUACCUGCUCACCUGGAAGAUCGCUCCGGCUGUUGCAACGGGCAACACGGUGGUUGCUAAGCCCAGCGAGAUGACCUCGGUAACCGCCUGGAUGAUGUGCAAACUACUGGAGGAGGCCGGGUUUCCUCCGGGUGUGGUCAACAUGGUGUUCGGCACCGGCCCGCGGGCGGGCGAUGCUCUCGUGGGCCACCCUGACGUCCCAUUGGUCAGUUUCACGGGCUCCACGGCGACGGCCCAGCGGAUCACAGAGCGCUCGGCUCCGUUCUGUAAGAAGCUGAGCCUGGAGCUGGGCGGGAAGAACCCCGCCAUCGUCUUCUCAGACGCUGACCUAGACCAAGCUGUCACCACCACCGUACGAUCCUCCUUCUCCAAUCAGGGUGAGAUCUGUCUGUGCACCAGUAGGAUCUACGUGGAGAGGAGUAUUUACCCAGAGUUCCUGAAGAGGUUUGUGGCGGCUGCGCGGGAAUGGAAGACUGGUGCUCCCUCCGACCCCGACAACAACAACGGAGCUCUGGUCAGCAGGGAACACCUGGAGAAGGUGCGUAGCUUCGUGACCCUGGCUCGGUCGGAGGGUGCCACGGUGCUGUGCGGGGAGGGCGAGGACCCGCUGGUGCUCCCCCAACGUAACACCAGCGGCUACUUCAUGAGUCCCACCGUCAUCGCCGGCGUAGCUGAGUCGUCCCGUGUGAUGCAGGACGAGAUUUUCGGCCCCGUCGUCUGCGUCAACCCUUUCGACGGUGAAGACGAUGCUGUCGCUAAGGGCAACGGGGUACGCUAUGGCCUGGCGGCGACUGUGUGGACGCGUGACGUCGGGCGGGUGCACCGGGUGGCGAGGAGGUUAGAGGCGGGGCUUGUCUGGACCAACUGUUGGCUGGUCAGAGACCUGAACCUACCGUUCGGAGGCAUGAAGAACUCAGGGGUGGGGAGGGAAGGAGGGAGGGAUAGCUAUCACUUCUUUACGGAGGUGAAGACCAUCACUGUGAAACACUGAGAGACGGAGGGAACAAUGUUUCUGUUGGUGUGUGUGGUCUUGUUGUUCUUUCCUCUUGAUCCCCAAAUUAACAUUUGCCACGUCCCCACGAGGACAAUGGCUAUUUUACGCUUAGGGGUUAGGAGUUAGAGUUAGGAGUUAGGGUUAGAGUUACAAUUAAGGUUAUGGUUAGGGGUUAGGGUUAGGGUUAGGAGUUAGAGUUAGGGAUUAGGAGUUAGGGUUAGGAGUUAGGGGUUAGGUUUAGGAGUUAGGGGUUAAGAGUUAGGGUUAGGGGUUAGGAGUUAGAGUUAGGGAUUAGGAGUUAGGGUUAGGAGUUAGGGUUAGGGAUUAGGAGUUAGAGUUAGGGAUUAGGAGUUAGGGUUAGGGGUUAGGAGUUAGGGUUAGGGGUUAGGAGUUAGAGUUAGGGAUUAGGAGUUAGGGUUAGGGUUAGAGUUAGGGAUUAGGAGUUAGAGUUAAGGAUUAGGAGUUAGGGUUAGGGGUUAGGAGUUAGGGUUAGGGGUUAGGAGUUAGGGUUAGGGGUUAGGAGUUAGAGUUAGGGAUUAGGAGUUAGGGUUAGGGGUUAGGAGUUAGAGUUAGGGAUUAGGAGUUAGGGUUAGGAGUUAGGAGUUAGGGUUAGGAGUUAGGGGUUAGGGUUAGGAGUUAGGAGUUAGGGUUAGGAGUUAGGGUUAGGGGUUAGGAGUUAGGGUUAGGGAUUAGGAGUUAGGGUUAGGAGUUAGGGGUUAGGAGUUAGGGGUUAGGGUUAGGAGUUAGGAGUUAGGGUUAGGAGUUAGGGGUUAGGGUUAGGAGUUAGGAGUUAGGGUUAGAAGUUAGGAGUUAGGGUUAGGAGUUAGGGUUAGGAGUUAGGGUUAGGAGUUAGGGUUAGGGGUUAGGGGUUAGGGUUAGGAGUUAGGAGUUAGGGUUAGAAGUUAGGAGUU